AUGAUACUUGGAAUUGGAAUUGAUAUUAUCCAUUUACCACGUAUUAAAGAUCUCUUAACGCGUAAACCGACGUCCCUAUUACAAUUUUCUAAAAGAAUUUUAUCAGAUAGAGAGCUGAAAGAAUUUAAUGAAAGAGAUGAGCUCGAUAAUAAUGUUAAAUUCCUGGCUGUUAGAUGGACUUUAAAAGAAGCGGCUUAUAAAGCUUUAUUUCCUUAUCAUCGUAUGACGUGGAAGGAUGUCUCUAUAAAUAAAAUUGAAGGCAAUUAA